AAAAACACACACGGUAAAACAAACCCAAGAGGCGCUGAGUGUAAGCCACUCAACGUGGGACACAGGCCUGACAGAGUCAAUGGGUUUAAAUAUAUGACACUGUACAUACGGACAGACUUGUGAUUGGACCGCUGUCCCGCCAAUCAGCAAUAUUUUUCAUUUUCCUUCUUCACUGACAUCAUCGGGCAGAGGUGACGCCCACUCGGAGCGGCCGUUCAGAUAUAGUACAAUGCUGCUGAACGCGCCGAUAAGACUGAACGUCGCUGUUUUGUCCAUAAGAGGGAGUCAAGUUUCUUAUAUGCAUCGUUUUUCACUGCUUCCACCACAGAGCUGUAGAGCACACUGACCGGAGAGGGGGGAAAUAUUGCCUGGCAACGAUCAUUUUUUCUCUCAUAGUGGCUGUGGAAACUCAUAUCUGUGGUUGGAUAGUUAGUCGGUCGGUCAGUUCGCCCCUUCAGCCUACACCCACAACUUCUUCGCCUCUCCUCCGCCGCAAGCUGAAGAACGAGGGGGUUCAUGAUCAUCAGGAAGCUCUUCAUUUUUUCAUACCUGGAUUAACUUUCGAAGACGACUAUAUAUAUUUUUCUCUUUUAUUCUUUUUUUUUCUUCUUGUUGUUGUUGUGUAAAAGGAGAGUUUUUUACUUUCAAUCAAAAAUGUUGUGGAAAUUAGCCGACAACGUGAAAUAUGAGGAUGACUGUGAGGAAAGGCACGACGGCAACAGCAAUGGGAACCCCCGGCUGCCUCACCUGCCAGCGGUCAGUCAGCACCUCUACAGUCCGUCUCCUUCCCUCUCACACUCGGCCAGUUCGGACUUCCAGCCCCCGUAUUUCCCUCCUCCCUAUCAGCCCAUCUCCUACCCACAGUCCAGUGACCCCUACGCUCACCUCGGCGACCCUUUCAACAUCAACUCCAUACACCAGUCGCCGUCGUCGAACCAGCAGCAACCUUGGCCCGGUCGACAGAGUCAGGAUGGACUUGCCGCUCACGGGAGGAGCGGCCUGGCGAGUCAGAUCCUGGGCCUGGAGGGAGGCUCGUCCGGAGUGAGGAGGGAAGGAUUUCGCCGGCCGGAGCUGUUGCCCCCACACAGCAUAGAGUCAUCGGUUAUUGGUGAUAACAUGGGGAUGCACGACAUGGGCCACGGACUGGAGGAUGUUCAACAUGUAGAUGACCACAGUAUUAUUAUGGCAGAUCAGACAGUCAUCAAAAAAGUAUUAGGACUACGAGGUGGCAGGAACCUUGAUCGCUUACAGAGGACUUAUUAUCAGGGGGGCAUUCUUGCGGGACCUGUCACUCUACCCAAAGGCAAUGCACUGGGUCUUCCUUUUCAGAAAGAGUCCUUGCUGGGCAUGGUAUCAAACCCAACAGAGGUGUUCUGCUCCGUACCGGGCCGUCUUUCCUUGCUCAGCUCCACAUCCAAGUACAAGGUUACUGUGGCCGAGGUCCAGAGACGUCUGUCACCCCCUGAGUGCCUCAACGCAUCACUCCUGGGAGGGGUUUUACGCAGGGCUAAAUCAAAAAAUGGAGGUCGCUCUCUAAGAGAAAAGCUGGAUAAGAUUGGGCUCAACUUGCCUGCAGGAAGAAGGAAGGCAGCCAAUGUCACUCUACUUACCUCACUAGUAGAAGGUGAAGCAGUUCAUUUAGCAAGAGACUUUGGUUAUGUGUGUGAGACAGAGUUCCCUGCAAAAGCAAUUGCGGAAUACCUGGGCAGGCCGCACGUGGAACGUAACGAGGUUAACUCUCGCAAGAACAUGCUCCUUGCUGCCAAGCAAAUCUGCAAGGAGUUCACUGACCUGCUCACUCAGGACCGUUCACCUCUGGGAAACUCUCGGCCGGCCCCCAUCAUGGAGCCUGGAAUCCAAGGCUGCCUGACUCAUUUCAGCCUCAUCACUCACGGCUUUGGCUCUCCGGCCAUCUGCGCUGCCAUGACCUCGCUUCAGAACUACCUGAACGAGGCGCUCAAACAAGUAGACAAGAUGUACCUGAGCUCUGGUAGUGACACCCAGGGAUCCUCAGACAGUGGAAGCAAAUCUACCGACAAAAUGGACAAGCACAGGAAAUGAGAGCUCAAAAGGAGAAUUCGAAUGAACUUGAGAACCCUGAGUCCUUUAAUCUUGCUGUCCUGUCUGCCCUUUUUGGACUUUUUUUUUUUUUACAAUCAUUAUUGAUUGAUAAGUAUUGUCAUUUUGAGAGAUGAAUUUGAGUGUGUGCAUGUGUGUGUGUGUGUGUGUGUGGUGUGCGUGUACUCGCACUGUUCAAUUCAUAUCAUAUUUUUUGAGAAGCUGAUGAUUUCUAAGAACUUGUGACAGCUGGCUGCAAAUCUGGUCCUAGUCGGAGCCCACCUUGUGGGGGCGUAAUACACUCCAUAUCAUACUAACCGCUAUGCAGUACCAUACAGUUGCCAAUGUGCUGAUGCUACAAUCAUGAGACCUGCACUCUGUUGACAAGAGAGAGGAGGAAAAGAACAAAGUGCAUACUGUUUUUUUUCUCCCUAGAGGACAUCAUUUCAAGAUGAGUUGCUGUGGCUGUGAAUUCCUCCCACCCCCCUCUGCUCUGUCUGGAGGCAAAUCCACUGAUUUCCUGCGUCUCAAUGGACUUGCAAAGGACAAUUUUUUUUAUAUAUGAGAAAGAGAGAGAAGAAAAUCCACUUCAGUUUUUUUUUUUUUUUUUUUUUUUUUUUUUUUGUGUGUGCGCUUGAUUUGUACAACCACUUCAAAAUGGCUCCAGUGUUAUUGUGCUUUGUUCAUGAGAGAUGAUUUAAAUCUUAUGUAGGCCUGAAUGAGAAAAGACGAUUUUUGGUUUGUCAGUCUGUGUUCAGUCAGAAACCAGAGACUUUAAAGCCUCUUCAGUGUUCAUGUGGAUUACAGGCAUAGCAAUGCUUCCAUUGUACUUAUAUCUUUAAAACCUGGCGACGUGGCGAACAUUAUUUUUAUGACCAUGUUAGGUAUUCAUCAUUCUUAGUAUUUAAAAACCCGGAGUUACCAUCGACCUACCAACCGGUUCAGUCCUGCCAGAGUGUAUGUAUGUUGUGCGAAAGUGUGUAAAUGUAUAUAUUUCUCUCUUUAAAAAUGUUUUUAAUUAGACAUUAAAUUCCAAACAUAGAAUUUUAUCCAGUGUCUUGUCCUGGAUGUAAAUAUUUUCUAAUUUAUGUUGUAAUUUAAUGGGCUUGUGUAAAUAAUGGUAUCAUUCUGGUGUAUGGUUUUACUUUUUAUGAUCAUGUGUUAAACUUUUAUAAAUGGGUUAGUUUUUUAUCAAGUAGAGGUUAGGAAGUGGGCAUGAUAUACUUUUUUGGAAAUAUGUUUAAAAGUUUCAGGAAAAAAUAAAAAUAAAAAUAAAAUGCAAGACUCGAUUCAGUGAGUCAGUGAUGUUGCCUAGGCCACACACACAC